CAGCAGCAGCAGCAGCAUCAGGACCGGACUGGAGGAGAGCGGGCAGCAGCAGAGAUCACACACCAGCUUCCACAACUGGAGGUCUGCUGCUCCUCAGCGUGGCGGCCAUGGAGGACACUCUCACCUGCAGCCAUGCCACCUUCUCCCAGGUGUUCGGACGCCAGGGACAGCUCAUGCAAGCCACCGUUCAGUCUCUGAACAGCCUGAACGACCAGAUCGCUCAGUUCAUGGUGACCCGACCCUGCAGCCUGGCGGACGAGGAGGAGGAGGCCUUCAUGCCGGGGGAGAGGGGCACCUUGAGGAAGUCCAUGACCCUGAUGAGGCACCUGCUCGUGGACGCUCAGGGGAAAAUCCUUAAAAUGAUGGAAGACAACAAACAGCUGGCACAGAGGAUUGAUGGGGCCAUCCAGUCCGCCAGCCAGGAAGUGACCAACCUCCGCUCCGAGCUCUCCGCCACCAGCCGCAGACUGGCAGAGCUGGGGGCCAGCAGCCCCCCUGCCCUGGAGAACCACCUCCAGCACAACCACCACGAUGACAGCCUGCACUACCGGGAGCCGUCCGUGCACCACAGGCAGAAGACGGUGGUGACAGACAUGUGCUACACAACAGAGAUAUCCAGCAUGAUGGACUUUGGCACUCCCGACUGCUCGCUCGGCAAAGUGCUGCUGCGUGAAGAGGUGGUCCAGCUCCAAGAGGAGGUCCACCUGCUGAGGCAAAUGAAGGACAUGCUGAGCAAAGACCUGGAGGAGACCCAGGGAGGCUGCUCCGCCAACCUGCUCUCUGCCACCGAGCUGCGGGUGCAGCUGGGCGACAAGGAGCAGGAGCUGGACCGCGCCAAGGAGGCCUUACAAGCGAUGAAAGCCGACCGCAAGCGUCUAAAAGUGGAGAAGGCAGACCUGGUGAGUCAGAUGCAGCAGCUCUACACGACGCUGGAGAGCCGGGAGGAGCAGCUGCGGGAGUUCAUACGCAACUACGACCAGCACCGGAAGGAGAGCGAGGAUGCAGUGAAGGUUCUGGCGAAGGAGAAGGACCUGCUGGAGAGGGAGAAGUGGGACCUGAGGAGGCAGACCAAAGAAGCCACGGAGCAGGCCAACGUCCUGCGCUCGCAGAUGGACAUGAAGGAGAACCGCAUCAAGGAGCUGGAGGCCGAGCUCACCAUGGCGAAACAGUCUCUGGCCACUCUGACGAAGGACGUGCCGAAGCGCCACUCGGUGGCCGUGCCCACGGAGCCGGUGGUGAACGGCAGUCAGGAGUGGGUGAUGCAGGCCGACCUGCCGCUCACCGCCGCCAUCCGCCAGAGCCAGCAGACCCUUUACCACGGCCACGCCACGGACCGGCAGGCGGUGGUCAGGAUCAGCCCCUGCCACUCCCGACAGCCCUCCGUCAUCUCGGACGCCUCCGCGGCCGACGGCGACCGCUCGUCCACGCCCAGCGACAUCAACUCCCCCCGUCACCGGACGCACUCCCUCUGCAAUUCCAUGGAGGACCUGGAGGACCAGAAGCGUAAGAAGAAGAAGGAGAAGAUGACUCUGGGGUCGCUGUCGCGAGUGUUCGCUCGGGGCAAGCAGCGCAAGUCCCUGGACCCCGGCCUGUUUGAUGACUCUGACAGCCUCACACAGCAGAGCCUGUCUGACGGAGAGGAGCAGCUGGACCGCCUCCAGCAGGCCGAGCUCACUCGGAACACGUGCAUGUCCCUGUGGAGGGCAGGUGCAGUCCAGGCCUGGCUGGAGGUUGUCAUGGGAAUGCCCAUGUACAUCCGGGCCUGCUCUGAAAACGUCAAAAGUGGAAAGGUGCUGCUGGGCCUGACCGAUGAAGACCUGGAACUGGGUUUGGGGAUCACCAAUCCAAUUCACCGAAGGAAAGUCAGACUGGCCAUUGAGGACUACAGGAGAGCUGAGGGGGAGCAGGGCCUGUCUAAAGCGUCGGAGCUGGACCACCACUGGGUGUCCACGUCGUGGCUGAGCGACGUGGGCCUUCCUCAGUACUCCCAGACCUUUCAGACUCAUCUAGUGGACGGACGCGUGCUGAACUCUCUGAGCCGCAGGGACCUGGAGAGGUUCCUCAACAUCAGCGACCAGUUCCACCAGACCAGCCUGCUGCUGGCCAUCCAGCUGCUGCAGAUGCUCAGCUUCGAUAAAGAGGCUCUGCAGGCCCGGAGGACUAAAUGUGAAAACCUGAACUGCGACCCGGUGGUGUGGACGUGCCACAGGGUGAUGAAGUGGGUCAGAGAGAUCGACCUUAAGGAGUUUGCAGACAACCUUCAGGGUAAGGGCGUGCACGGCGCCCUGAUGGCUCUGGACCAGUCGUUUGACACCGACGCCCUGGCCAAAGCUCUGGGGAUCCCCAGCAACAAGCACAUGCUGCACCGGCAUCUGUACGAGGAGAUGAGGACGCUCGCCGUCCCUCUCAGUAAUGUGGAGCUCGGCUCGGAGCUGACUGGAUCUUCCUCACCAGUGGCUGUGAAUCGCUUCACUGAGGAUCGAGUGUCAGUCAGGAGAUCAGGAAAGAGUCCCCUGCGGCUCCGUGCGAACAGCCACUCUGUGGAGCGAGCGCUGGCCUACCACGGCAGCUGUGGCUCGCUGCCCAGAGAGGCCCGGGUCCAGGCCGUCCCCCGGGCCAAGGGCAGCCCCAUGCACACCUACAAGAGCGUGGAGAUCACCAACGUCUGAGGCGUCCAGCGCUCCGCUUCCGUCCACAUCCUUACUGUUAUUACUGUGCCGAGGCGGAGCUGCAGUUCACUGUGACUUUACAGGAACAAAAAAAGUUCAGUUUACCGAGAUGGAGCGAUUGUAAAUACAACCCAAAUCCCCAAAAAUGUUGGGACAGUGUGUUAAAUGUAUAUAAAAACAUCUUUAACGUGUAAAAUCGGUCUAUAUUUCAACAUAAACAACAUGUAAAAUGUUGAACCUGAGACAUUUUACAGUUUAAUGAAAAAACAAAUUAGCUUAUUUAAUAUAAAACGAAACAUCUCAGAAAAGUUGGGACAGGGCCUUGUGUAGCAGUGUUCCUCUGCUUAACAUCACACUGUGAGUAUUUGAAGGCUUGGUGAAUUCCCACAGUGCAAUUCAUCAUGUUACAUGAAAGGUAAACUUUACAUAUUGUCAAGAUCACAUAUGACCCACCUGCAGAGGUUUCAUCUUUUUUUUUUUUUCCAAAACUAUUUAUUGAAAUGCCUGUAUUAUACAUACACAUGGAAUUAAAACAAAUCCUUACAAUGCAAAAUCAGUCUUCUCCGGAUAUCUGGAUGAAUUUUAGCUAGUUUGGCUUUUGAAAGUGAAUGCAAUGCAGAACCUUUCAUUGUAUGAGCUCAUGUCUGGUGCAGGGAGAUGAGACAUGAUUGAGAAUAUCCUCCCUAGUUGUGUCUGUAAGAGAGGUGCCAAGGUCCUCUUUCCAUUGUGACCCAAGGACAUCCAUUUUCUGGGGGUUUAUCUCAACAAUAACUUAAUAAAUCCGUGAAACUAUUCCCUUUGUAUCAGCAUCAAGAGACAACAACGUGUCAACUGGACCAGCUGUCGGCAUAUUGGGAAAAGAGUGAUAUUGUUCUCUAACAAAAUUCCUCAGCUGCAACUAUUGAAAGAAGUCAGGAUGGAGUAGCUUGUAUUCAGAAACCAGCUGUUCAUCAAAGGAUGCAAAUAUCCAAUCGACAAACAGAUUUCCAUACCAGGCACGGAAGGCCUUGUCAGUCAUAGCUGGUGUAAAGAGAGGAUCAGGCGCCAUUACUGAGGGGCUUUUUAGACCAAAAUGCUUCCUGAAUUGUAACCACAUUUUGAAGUGUAUUGGAAGAUACUGGAUUUGUUGAACUGCUAACAGAGUCUUGAAUAGCAGAGGAAACUAGAGUGAGUAUUAAAGUUAUAGGACUCCAUUGUGACCCAAUCUGGCGCCUCACCUUCAGCGCAACCCUGGACCCAAAACAAGACUUUCUGAAUAUUACCUCCCCAGCAGUAAUGCAUAAGAUUAGGCAGUCCUCCCUCUCCCUUUUUCCUCUCCAGAAAGAGGUUUCAUCUUUCGAACAUGAGUCUCAGUCUCACCACACAUUUCACUCCAUUUUAAGCACAGAUCGUGUCUCAUAAAUCUAAUAUUUUAUCUUUUAGCAGCUAAUUUCAAAUUUUACAGCAGUGAAACAUCCAAAUGCGGUCGGUACAGGGCCUUGUUUACUAUCUGACUGUUAAACAUGUGAGGAGUGAAGAGGAACCAGCUGCUGGAGUUUAGGGAGAGGAUGGUUCCUGAUGCUCCAAAUGUUUUCUAUCUCUCUUCAUUACUUUUGAAAACACAAUGUUAUAGAGAUUCAAAGAGAAUUUUAUAUCCCUCUAAUUCUGCCUCAGGUGACUUCAGAUGAGCUCUGGAACAGUGUGAGGGAAGGUUCUUGUCUGUAUAUAUUUAGUUUUGUAUUAUGACCAAAUAUCCUGAUUCAUUCUCAGUUUUCAGAGACAAAUGUAGAGAAAUACACUUAAAUGUAUGAUGUAUAGUUAGAUGUUAUUUAAAGAAAACAAGAAAAGUAUAAGUCAAUAUUUUAGUAACUCAGAUAAGACCUAAUGGCAGUUUGUUCAUCAAAAACAUGUUUGGAGAAUAACAUUUACAUUAUUUUCCUUCAUUGAGGAUAAAGAUUGUACUAGUGUGUAUUUUUACUCAUCUUAUUAUAAUAAUGUCAUGUUACUUGCUUUCUAUAUCAUUGAUUGAUACAUUGGGCCUGAAGGCCUGAAAAUCAUUAUCAUCCAGUUUUAACCUUCAGCUUCAUCCUUCUCACACACACACACACACACACACACACACACACACACACACACACACACACACACUCCUGGUUUUAUCUGUCUUCAUUCUAAAGACAUUCUAAAUGGUGCCAUCUCUCUUUUUAAUGUAGUCUUCCUGUCUGAAAAGCUCCUUUUAUGCAGUCAUGUCACUGAAAUUAGCUGUUAAAGCUGUUUUUCAUACUUUUCCAGGUUUGUUUUGCCUCGUCUCAACUUCUCUGAGAUGUUUUGCUGCCAUCAGAUUCAAAAUGAGCAAAUAUCUUCUGUGAAAUACUGAAAUAUCUCAGUUUCAACAUCCUGAUGAGUUGCGCUGGCAAUUAAAUAUAUGUAUAUGGAAUAUGUCAGUCCUUUAUUUCUCUUUUUAUUUACUUUUAACACAGUGUUCCCACUUUUUUGGAUUUGGGGUUGAACAGUUAUUCAAACUGUUUUGUUUGUUUUCUAACUGAAUCUUCUGUUGCCAUCUAAACACUGGAGCGAAGGUUUAAGCCCUCCUGGGUCCGGACGUCUUCUGAUGCCUUAAAUGAAAACUGGGGUGAAUAUUUUCCGCUCAAUUCAUGUUUCUCUUGUUGCACAUUUUCAUCCAGAUGCACAGUGGAUCAAAAGUCUUGCUCAAAGACACUUUGGCUCGCAGACAGCCAGAGAUCUAAAGACCACGGUGAGGAGUAGGAGGCUUGAAUCUACGGUCACUGAAUUAUCUCCUCAAGAUUGUGAUCAGUUCACCGUUUGUUAGAGAUCAGGAUCAGAUGGAAAUGGUGUGUGUGUGUGUGUGUGUGUGUGUGUGUGUGUGUGUGUGUGUGUGUGUGUGUGUGUGUGUGUGUGUGUGUGUGUGUAUGUGUGUGUGUGUGUGUGUGUGUGUGUGUGUGUGUCAGUGCAGGGUGGGCUUUGUCUGAGGGUCAGCAGGAUGCUUUUUAUUUCCUUUUCAUUUUUUGAAAAGAACCGGUGUUUUAAAGAAGCAAGCUGAGGGUGAAACCAUUAUUUAUUUUAUGUACAAAAAAUGCACAACAAGACCAAUUUUUUACUUCUUAACUUCAAAAUGCUAAAAUUAGCUUAAUUGCAAAUUUAUAAAUAUAGAAAUGCAACAAUGGUGAAAGACUUAAAUUAAACUGAAAGC